AAGUAAACAAAAUCAAAAGGUUUUAGUGAAAAUUAUUUUCCCGCCUAUUUUAUAUUAUUGAUUCCUGUUUUUUUUAUUUGGAAAAUUAAAUGAAAUUUUCUAUGUUUUCCUCAUCGUCGACGAGCAAUAAAAUCAAAGUUAAGCUCCCGGAAGAGCCUAACACACCAACGUUGCGUUGCCUCCUCAAUGGCCCCUUUAAAGAUUUACAUUUUACCGUUUCCGAGCAUCGUAUCACACCCGUUCAUGAUGUAGUAUUUUUGGAUGAUGUUGAUAAUCCCACAGUUACACCUCUAAUAUAUCGACCUAAACGUUCAACGAGUCCUGUGAAUGCUGAUGAAACAACAAAUGACACGAAUGGAUUAUAUUUUGAAAGUGAAGAGUAAGUACAAAACAAUAUUUUAGAGUUGGAGGAAAACAUCUACAAAACCACCAAAAUGAACCACAAAAUGGACCACAUAACUUCAGGGAUCUGCAAUUCUACGCGGGAAUACAG